AUGUCCGACUUCGAGGAUGAAAUGGACGUGGAUGCGUCCAAGGACCUGCAAUUCAGUUCCGGCAAUGCCAAUGGGAAGAAGAGGACCGCCGCAGAUCUCCCUGUGGAGGCCCAGGAUAAUCUGCCCUGGGUUGAAAAGUACCGCCCGAACAGUCUGGACGACGUGUCGGGCCACCAAGAUAUCCUCGCUACCAUCAACCGAUUUGUCGAGAAAAAUCGACUUCCCCAUCUUCUUCUCUAUGGACCCCCGGGAACCGGCAAGACCUCCACCAUCCUCGCCCUCGCGCGACGGAUAUACGGCAACAAGAAUAUGCGGCAGAUGGUGCUCGAGCUAAACGCCAGUGACGAUCGUGGUAUUGAUGUGGUUCGGGAACAGAUCAAGACGUUUGCAAGCACAAAACAGAUCUUCUCCAUGGCGCCCCAAGCGGCCGGCGGUUCAUCUCUCGCGGGCUUCAAGCUGAUCGUCCUCGACGAAGCAGAUGCCAUGACUGCGACGGCGCAGAUGGCCCUGCGCCGGAUCAUGGAGCGAUACACGGCCAAUACGCGAUUCUGUAUCAUUGCCAACUACACCCACAAGUUGUCCCCGGCACUGCUCUCGCGAUGUACACGAUUCCGGUUCAGUCCGCUGAAGGAGGCCGACAUCCGGACCCUUGUCGAUAAGGUGAUUGAGAGGGAACAGGUCCGGAUACAGCCCGAGGCGGUUGAUAGUCUCGUGACUCUGAGUAAGGGUGAUAUGCGACGGGCACUGAACGUUCUACAAGCCUGUCAUGCCAGCAGUAUCCCCCUUCCGAUGAGAGAUGCCCCCAAUGCGCCCCGGCCCGAGCCCGAGACCAUCACCAACGCAACGAUUUACGACUGUAUUGCGGCCCCGCACCCCGGGGAUAUUCAAGAAAUCAUGACCACGAUCCUGUCCACCAGCGACGUGACCUCCUGUCUCAACACCGUGCAGAUGCUCAAGUCCACCAAGGGUCUGGCACUGGCAGACAUUCUCUCGGCGCUAGCGGACCAGCUCCAGCAGCUCGAAGUGCCCGCACAGACACGCAUCACGUGGCUCGAGGGUCUUGCAGAGAUCGAAUGGCGACUCUCCGGGGGAGGCUCCGAGGCGGUGCAGACGGGGGGACUAGUAGGGGUGGUGCGGAAUGGCUGCGAGCUGAUGGGCGAUAAGGGGAUUGCAUUGGCAUGA